AUGGAGGUUACCAAGUUCAUCAUCGAAGGACGAGACGAGGCCAAAUUAUAUGGUGAUUCUUCUGCUUAUCGAGGUCGACUCUCAAACCGAAUUCAUAAUCUAAGAAAGAAGCUCGGAAUUGCAACGAAACCCCGCGCAAAGUACUCAAACAGGCCAGUGACAGCAGAAGAUAUUGGUCAAAAUCAUGAAUAUGUUCAUCUUCUUUUACUCACUUCCGAACGAGCUUGGGCGCAUGCCAUGUCUAUGAAGGAGAUACAUUCUGUCGACACCAAAGGAAUAACUGGCUCAACUCGAUCGCAUAUAAUUUCUCGGUUACAUAAAUCUACCAUAUAUGCCAACGAUCUCUUUCGAUUAUUGUCUAAUGAAGCAACCACGAAUGCGAAAGAUGUUGACAUAUUGGAAGCUCGAGCAUAUGCUGCUUCUCUUGCCGGCGCAAUGGAAUUCGAGAAACAAAGUUGGGAGGCUUGUGUGAAGAGCUAUUCAGAAGCUAGGAUUAUAUAUACUGCUCUCUCCAAGGACACGAAGACAGAUAUCUUUAAGGAUAUUUUGAUCGACCCGAUUGAUCCGAGUAUACGAUAUGGAGCUUACAAGAUGGGGAUGCCGCGAACAUUAGCGAUAUCUCUUAUUGCACGGAAGAAUUUUCCUUCGGAUCCAAAAUUGAUAUCGCAGGUGAAGGAGUUGGACCCAGAUUGUUUGAAAGAUGAAACGACGAUACCCAAGUUUGAUUCCACGGAAUCGGGUGAUACGCCCAAAACAAUAACUUGGCGAUCUCGUACAGUCGACUUGGAGGAUGCGGCAAUAGCUACUGCGCUGGGAUCAGUAAAGCCCGCAUCUCUGAAAUUAUUCGAAGUUCUUUCCUCCGACACUGUCAAAAAUCCUAAGGAUAGAGGUUCGGCAUAUGAUGAUAUCCUCAUUGCCAGUCAAGACGUAGUGGACGCUACGAAGCAUGCCAUCGACGAAUUAAUAUCCGAGGGUGUCGGACAGAGCGACAAACGGAUGCAAAGUCUUUUUGUAACCAGGACAGCUGUUAGCUAUGAUAUGAUUGGAUGGCGUAUAGGUAGAAAUAGAGUCAUGGUAGGACAACAAGACGGAGUGUUCGACUACGUGCAAUCUUUCCCUUCAAAGAAAGGCAGCAAUAAAUCAAGCAAAGAUGAGCCUAUAGGACGUAAACUCGCAAAGUUACGAGAAAAGGUUGUUCUCUAUGAUGCGAUCCUGCAAAGUGUCGAGUCAAUUAAAGAGCUUCCUGGUGUCGCAGCAGAUGCCAUCCUCCAGGAAGAGUUAGAUGCAAAAUAUAGCUAUUUCCAAGCUCUUAAGUGUCUGACAAUAGCUCGCUCUCAUGCAAUUCUAUCGAAUUCUAAGAAUGCGCUAGCUCUUCUAAAUCGCGCAACAGAAAAGUGCUCCUCCGCCCACUCACGGCUCUCUUCUUCAAUGGACGUAACGACGACAGCUACUCCACCCAACCUGACUGUCACGCCCUCCGAAUCCCAAAAUCUUCUCACUUACCUCCAAGGCGAACUCCAAUGCUACCGCGCCUUGGUCGAAAUCUCUAACCUCACAUCCACUACCCCCAAAACUGGCGACGAAAACAUAUACCAAAAGCCGCUCGUUGAACGUUUACAUGAGUUCCCAGCUGACGGCAUCGUUGAUCUCAGAAAUAUUGUUACAUAUCCCCCCAAAAUGGACGUUGUACCUGUCAAACCAUUAUUCUUUGAUGCAGCAUGGAAUUAUAUCGACUACCCGGGAAGGACCGUGAAAAACGUUGUAGAGAAGAUUGAUGUGGAGGAAGAGAUAGAGGAUAUACAUUCAGAGCCGCUACAUCAACAGCAGCAGAAGAAAGGUUGGUUUGGUUUUGGUAGAUAG